GACAACAGUCUCACUGAGCACUGCAUCUUAUUAUCACGUGCUGUCUCCAGCAGAACGCUUUUCACUGGCUGCAUCGGGUUUCCAUUCAUGCAGCAGAAUGAAAUAAGUCUGUGACAGUUAAUGUGCUCCACAGUUAGUCAAACAACCCGAUCAUCCCGUCAGUUCCUCCGCGAACAGCCCCCCGCCGAGCGGCUAAUGACCGAUGCGCAUAAUCCUCCCCAAAACAAGCGCAAAGAUGCGCAUUCAAUCUCUCUAUAAAUAGGCUUGAUUCCGCCGCUCCUCCUUUACUAGAACUGGAAGACACUGCCGUUCCGCGAUUCCCCCCAGAUCCUACCGGGAAGUCGGUCGCUUUAGAGGUGUGUUAUAUAACAGGUGCAUCCCGGAGUGAUCGUGAAGCGGAACUUGCGCGCGCAAUGGUGAUAUAAACCGACGCGCCAAACGCAGCUCUAAACCCCAGCCAUGUUUCCUCUGCCGCUGUUCACACCUGAGCAGGUGGCUCGAGUCUGCGAGAAUCUGGAGGAGACGGGAGACAUGGAGCGCUUGGGGCGCUUCCUCUGGUCGCUGCCCGCCGCGGUGCCCGGUUCCGCCGGAGAGCUGCUCAACCGGCACGAGUCGGUGAUGCGCGCGCGCGCUCUCGUCGCCUUCCACGGCGGGAACUUCGAGGCUCUCUAUCAGAUCCUGCAGAGCCACCGCUUCACCCGGGAGUCCCACGCCAAGCUGCAGGACCUGUGGCUGGACGCGCAUUACCGCGAGGCGGAGCGGCUUCGGGGGAGGCCCCUGGGGCCCGUGGAGAAGUACCGCAUCCGGAAGAAGUUCCCCCUUCCUCGGACCAUCUGGGACGGAGAGCAGAAGACGCACUGCUUUAAGGAGCGAACCCGUAGUCUCCUGAGGGAGUGGUACCUGCAGGACCCCUAUCCAAACCCCUCCAGAAAGCGUCAUCUGGCUCAGGCCACGGGACUCACCCCCACUCAGGUGGGCAACUGGUUCAAAAACAGGAGACAGCGGGACAGAGCGGCGUCUGCUAAAAACAGGCUGCAGCAAGAUUCCUCCCGUCAUCCCUCGGGAAGCUCUCCUGAAUGUUCCUCGGAGCACAACACGCACCUCCAGGGCUCCUCACCGCAUCGUCCCGGGAGCCCGGGGGAGAACAGCGACUGCAGCUCGGGCACGGGGCCGCGGGGGACCGGGGCCUCCACCCCAGACAUAUCCAUCAGCAGCGACAGCGACUUUGAGUCGUGAAGAACGCCUGCGUUUGAAGCGUCUGGAGAGCUGCUUAGACAUGCACUUACAGGAAAAGACUAAACUAAAACUCCCUUUUUUAUGUUUGGUCCGUCCUUGACCAAAGAGGAGCUACACGUUUAAGACUGGUCCUCUUAAAAGGCACGUGCCAAAUCAAUCUCUUCAGGUUCAUUGGCUUUUUUUCAGUCGUUCUUAUACUCAGGUGGCACACAAAUAUGAGACAUAUCGCACAGAAGGAUAUAUAUAUUGUAGAUCACCUUUCAUAGCACUACAAACAUGAAACGGUUGAUCUGCUUCGAUCUUUUAUAAGAGUAUAGUGUAGGUUGUGUCAGUUGCUUGUGUUAAAUGAGGAUUUAGGACCUCUGAAGUGUAUUACACAAGUAUAUUACAUAGUUUAACUCACUUGUUAUGCUGCUGACCCGAACAGGUUUCUGUGUCAACAUCUCACGAAUCACACAUCAACAUACUCUACAUUUCAUUUCAGUGAACACACAGCUUUCUAUGUGCCUACACUCUUCAAACUCAUUUACACACCCAUAUACUCACCGAAGUCACGUGAAGAACGCCACGGUCUUGUCUUCAUUUGUCUGUUGCUUGCAGUUUUCAAAUAAAUGAAAUUAUUUUUGAAGAGA